AUGUGGUAUAGUAUAUCAGCUGCGGUUGUGUUCUUUUUUUGCACAGCCUCAGUCGUUGCAUCUGAUGGUGAUGAUUUGUUCAUAUUUGAUGAUUGUGUUUAUCAAUGCGUUCAACUAUCAUGCUACAACAAUGUAGAUUAUAAGUCUGACUAUAGAUGGGACCGCGAUUGGUUACCUGACUACAACGACGCGUGGGAGUUCGACACUAUACCCCUCCCUUUUCAUUUAGUUGCUCUUGGAUGGGGUUGCGAGCUGAACUGUGACUACCAGUGUCAAAGAAUUGUGACCCAGAUACGUAUAGAUGAGGGACACGAGAUACUUCAAUUUCACGGAAAAUGGCCCUUCCAGCGAGUUUUAGGUAUACAAGAGUUGGCAAGCGUAAUAUUUUCAAUUGGGAACUUUAUACCACAUUUUGUGGGUGCCAAAAAAAUAAUAGCUGCAAUUCGCAUUAAUAGCGGUAACCCAUUGAAUCAGUGGCAAUAUACUAAUGCUUUAAGCAUGGCUAUCGUCACCAUGUGUGCGUGGGUGGCUUCUACGAUUUUCCACAUCAGAGACUUUGAGUUAACCGAGAAAACAGACUAUUUUCUUGCAGGAUUGACAGUGUUAACAGGUUUCCACGGUAUUGCUGCUAGAGUCUUCAAACUAUACUUGCCAGAGAAGAAGCAGCAGGCACUUGCAUUGUUCUUAGGGUGUUGUGUAGCAUAUUUCGCCCACGUUACCAAACUUAUUGUCGAUUGGCUGUAUACGUAUAAUAUGCAAGCGAAUGUAGCUGUUGCACUUUUGCAAAACUGUUGUUGGUGUCUACUUUGCUACAACCUAUAUAGCUCAUUCUACUCAUUAGAAGCCCAAAAUGAAUCUGAAAAGGUCGUAUUGAUACCUAGUCAUAUCAAAUACAUCAACACGAGCCGCACAAUACUAUCCAGCUUCUUUACCAGAUCUCCUAAGUUAUAUUCACUUUACCCAUUGGUUCUUCUGCUAAUUGUUGCGUCUGGGAUGUCACUAGAGAUUUUCGACUUCCCACCCUUUUUCUAUGACUUGAUUGAUGCACAUGCAUUGUGGCACUUGGUUACCAUUAUUCCUGCCACAUAUGGGUUGUACGACUGGCUAAUUUGGGAUAUUCAAGAGAACGUUAUUAGUGAGUUAGAUACGCUUGAGACUUUGAAGAAUAGAUAG